AUGGGGGUGGAGAUGGGGGCCUACGAGAGAGCAGGGGAUAGAUACUGGACAGUCGAUGAGGGUACAUCUUGCAGAGUUGCAGUCAUAGUUGACAGUGGUGUAGACUCAGCUAGCGAAGCGAGACUGAUAGCUGGCCGAGUUGCUUUUUUGUGUGCUUUUGCUGCCAUAGCCAGGGAAGCUAAUUCUUCUGCUUCCGUCAAUCCUCCUGUAGGAAACAAAUUGUUGAUCACACUAAAAGGCAGAGGCGUGCAAGUUUACAAGUGUGAACAAAACCUUUCAUAUACCCUCGAUCAUGACACUGCAGAUUUGUAUGGAUUGAUGGAUUUUAGAUAUUUGUAUCCAAAAGGACAACAUUAUUUUCUUGCUUAUGCAGAUGGACAAGGAGGCAAGCCUACCUGGUCCUAUUUUGAUGGGCAGAACAGCACUACCAGUACAGUCACAGGAAAAGUAAUUGGAAGAAAAGAAGAGUUAGACACAAUCCCAGACCUAUUGCUGCAAGCAACCUCCCAUAGUGGCCCUGGUGCCUUUGAUAAGAUCUCCUAUGUCUCUCGAUCUAAAAGCAAAGGUGGUGUUGCACCAACAGGUUGCAAUAAUACAGGAGAAAUCAUUCAAGUAAAUUAUGAAGCGUUUUAUAGUUUUUACAUAAGAGAAAUGAGUAAACCUGUGAGCCUGCCCUCAACUCUUUCAAUUUCAAAUACAAAUGUACCUGUAAAGAGCUACUUUGGUCAAGGCAUGCAAAUAUACUGCUUCAAUGGAUCUGCAUGGAACUUUAAAAAUGUUUCAGCUGAACUUUCAUCAGUUCCUGGACAAGAGGUCAUUGUAAAGCAUUAUUUCCUUGGUGAGCCAGAUCAGUAUGGAGGGCAACCCACAUGGGAAACAUUCAUGCCCUACAGUAGGGUAACUGCAAAGCCCCAAAGUCGAGUAGUAGUCGAUCCAAAUUCUGUUCCAUGGCUUUCUUUGCAAGCUACAACUCAUAUGGGCAGCAUAUACUUGUUGGCAUCCGUCUCUUAUGUGCAAAGAGUUUCUACAACUGGAGGAAAGCCUCCUAAAAGCAUUAAUGGAGCCCGAAUUGGAGAUAUCUACAUGUCUCCAUAUACUGCACUAUAUUGGUUUUAUGCACCCCAACGAUCUAUAUGA